UGCGCUCGCUCACUCUUGCAUUGUGGGUACUUUCAAAAAUGGCGGCGCCCUGUUGGAGGUAUGCUUGGAGACCUCUAAGGCAAAUUAUUUCAGGACCAGGACGGUUAAAACCUGCAGUGCGUUAUGUUUCUAACAGCGCUCCGAAAGUCAAGAUUGGAAGCCCACCGUCACCGUGGGUUCUACACGGCGCCGUGUGUUUACAGAGGCUUCCGGUCAUCUCUCAGGACUUGAGCCCGAUUGAGGAGAAGUUCAUGGAGCUCAUGCGCCAGAUGGAGCUGGAGAGAAGUCUGCUCUCGGACCAUGAGUUGCGGCUGUUGGAGGACGCCGAGCGCAUGAGCCGCAAACAGGAUGCUGAUUAUGAUUCGGAUGACGAAGAGGCCUAUGGAGGUCAAGAGAUCGUCACAGCACAGGAUUUGGAGGACAUGUGGGAGCAGAAGUUCAAGCUUUUACAACCUGCUCCUAGGACGAAAGCUACUGACACCACAGAUGUGAGCUCGGCUGAGCGCUGCCUGGGAGACAGCUUGGUGCUACUGGUGAAGCAGGAUGUUGGCUCUCAGAAGGUUUGGCUUCUGCCUCAGCUGCCAUGGGAGGCAGGAGAGACGCUGAGGCAGACCGCAGAGCGUGCCCUCGCCAGUCUGCCAGGCACAAAACUGAACGCCACCUUCCUCGGCAAUACCCCUUGCGGAUUUUACAAAUACAGAUUCCCCAAAAGCAUCCGGACUGAGAACAGAACAGGAGCCAAGGUGUUUUUCUUCAAAGCCCUGCUCUCUGGUAGCGACAAUCUGCCACCGAAGAAAGACUCCUGCGUGUGGGUGAGAAAGGAUGAGCUCCAGGAUUAUCUCAUGCCAGAAUACCUGAAACAGGUCAAGCGAUUUAUUUUGAAUCUGUGACCUGCUGAGACACUGGACCUCACGUAGAAAUGUCAUACACAUUUAUGUAAGACACUUGCUCUGACUCUGGUGUAGUGGGAUCGUGUCAGAUCAGAUGCCUCGUCUCUGCUGAUCAGAAAAUAAUGUUCAUUUUUUUGGAGCUCCAUUUCCACGCCAUAAUCAGUUAUGGCUCUGUGACCAAGCAUGACAUAGCUGACUAAAUAAAUCUAGAUUUCCAGAUGAGUUGAUUAAAUGUAUCAGGUGUGAUGGGCACUGUGUGUGUUGGAGUGUGGUGGGGGUCUCAAGCUUGAUUGAAUUCUGUUCCAGUUUCACAACCACAGAUGAGACACAAGACUAAACUUUCAUAUUAUACAUGUGCAUUUCAAAUUUGAAAAAUAACGUUCGAAAUUCGUUCACUUAUAUUUCGUUGUCAUGUCUUGACAAAUAAAGAGAAUGUCAUAGUUUAUUUAUUUUUUUGUUCAUGUAGCCCAACCCACACGAAGAUGACCCUCAACCUUCAGAUGUUCUGUCCUGUUGACUCAGUCCACCUUUUUUUAGAUUUUACAAGAUGUUUUAUGUCAUUUUUGUGUCACUGAUCAUCAAUAUUAAUAAUACUGAUGGAAAUGGAGCACCUAUAACCCGACCAAGCUUGAGUGGGUUCUCUUACAGCUAUGUGUGGAAAUGUAAAUUUGGACAUUUAAUUUGAAUUAAAUUCAAUCAUAAUUUCAUUUCACCUUGUUUCCCACAGCUCAGACCUUAAACAUCACCUCUGUAACGAAUAUGCAAGUUCUUAAAAGAUUUGUCAUGUUCAACAUGCUGAAUGUCAGUAUUUUUUAUUCUUGAAAAUAAAUAGUAAAAGGAAAAAAGAAGAUGACAAAAAAAAA